GAAUUUUUUGCCCGCUUCCAGAGAAAAAAAACCCCAGAAACAAUAGAUAAGACAAGCGUCCGCCAUUAUUGCUGAUCAAUUUCUCCUCUAGGGUUCGUGAACCCUCCGUGAUCAAUCCAUGGAGAAUAAUGCUACACCUCCAGGUGGUGCUCCUCCACCAAAACCAUGGGAAAGAGCUGGUUCUUCAUCCGGAGCUGCACCAUUUAAGCCACCCUCUGCUGGUAACACAAGUGACGUAGUAGAAGCUUCUGGAACAGCUCAACCUGGUGAAGUUGUUUCAACUGCUGAUAGGAACACAACCAUUAAUAGCAACAUACUUGGGAGGCCUGUGCCUACCAGGCCUUGGGAACAACAGACUUAUGGAAACAGCUAUGGAGGCUACGGAUCAGGUUUAACUUACAAUUCCGGUUAUGGAAGCGGGAUGUAUGGGUCCUAUGGGGGACUUGGAGGGUCAUAUGGCGGAGGAUUGUAUGGAAAUAAUAUGUACAGAGGAGGUUAUGGUGGACUUUAUGGAGGUGGCGGCAUGUAUGGUGGGGGAAUGUACAGUGGUGGUGGUUAUGGAGGCCCAAUGGGAGGCUAUGGUAUGGGCUUGGGAGGCCCUUCUAGUGAGCAGGAUCCCAAUAAUCCCUAUGGACCUCCUCCUUCUCCACCGAGUUUUUGGGUUUCGUUAAUGCGAGUGAUGCAUGGUGUGGUAACUUUCUUUGGACGAGUCGCAAUCUUGAUCGACCAGAAUACGCAAGCAUUCCAUAUGUUUAUGACUGCUCUUCUUCAGCUAUUUGAUCGGUCGGGUAUGCUAUAUGGAGAGCUUGCAAGAUUUGUCCUUAGACUGUUGGGAGUUCGAACAAAAGCCAAUAAAGUUCAUCCUCCCGGCUUUGAAGGUCAAAAUUUACCGGGGGCUCAAAACUUCAUCGAGGGGCCUAAGGCUGCUCCAAGUGGCGGAGGCUGGGAUAGUGUUUGGGGUGGUGACGCGAAGUGAUUUUGUCUCGUUGAAUUGUAUUAACUGCGUUAAAUUGUCUUCCAGCAAAAAACGGUGAAUCGAGCAGUUUUGUAUUGGAAGGUAGAGUGCAGGAGGAGGAGGAUAAAUGUUACUUCCUGGAAGGAUACCCAGCCCUUUUGUAAAAGAAUUGUAGACUGCUUGCAAUAAGCAGAAAAGGAAAAAUGGAAAAAAAGGAUAGAGAAAUCUGCCUCAUGUGUAGUUUAAAUAAUGAGUGUAUUUAAUUUAUACUUUCUUUGAGCCAUGAGAAUACACCAAGAAGAUGAAUGAACUUGAUUAUAAAGUAGCCAUGAAAGUUACAGCAUUCUUUUUCCUUUUCUUGCCUUGAUAAGUUACUUGCCUUUCUAUUUUG